AUGGGGCCUGGGGCGGAGGCCUGGGACCAACUUUUGCUGACUAUGGCCACUGCUCUGAUGCUGUCCAUGAGGCUUCCAGGCUCCUGGGGGGCUAGGAUCAUCGGGGGCCGAGAGGUGGCCCCGCACUCCCGUCCCUACAUGGCGUCGGUGAAGUUCCAGGGCCAGCAUCACUGCGGUGGCUUCCUGCUCCGCGCCCGCUGGGUGGUCACAGCUGCCCACUGCCUCAGCAACAGAGACCCGCGAACGGUCCAGGUGGUGCUGGGGGCUCACAACAUUCGCACCUCAGAGCCCACCCAGCAGGUGUUCAGCACCUCAGCUGUCAUCAGGCACCCUGACUACCAGCCCACAACCCACGCCAAUGACAUCUGCCUGCUGCAGCUGAACAGCUCUGCCAUCCUGGGUCCUGCAGUGGGGCUGCUGAGGCUGCCAAAGAGGGGCACCAGGCCGCCCAGGGCCGGGACGAGGUGCCAUGUGGCCGGCUGGGGCUCUGUGUCCAACUUUGAGGAAUUGCCACCCGGGCUGAUGGAGGCCGAGGUCCGCGUGCUGGGCCUGGACGUCUGCAAUAGCUCCUGGAAGGGCCAGCUCAGCCCUGCCAUGGUCUGCACCCACAGUGGGGACCGACGGCGGAGAGGCUUCUGCUCGGCGGACUCCGGGGGGCCCCUGGUGUGCAGGAACCUGGCCCAUGGCCUCGUUUCCUUCUCUGGCCUCUGGUGUGGCGACCCCAAGACCCCAGAUGUAUACACACAGGUGUCUGCUUUCGUGACCUGGAUCUGGGAUGUGGUUCAGCAGCGACCCCACAGCCCCCAACUCAGCUCCUCACCCAGGACCACUGGGGCCCCCACAGGAGCUUCCUGAACCACAGCAGCACUGUGUAUACAAAUGAGAAUACAACCCAUGCAAACAGCUUUGGCCUGGAAGAUUCUGUGGCUGGGGCAGGGGGUUCACAGAACCU